GAUGCCACUUGCAGCACAUGGGUGGGAACAAACAUUUCAUAUCUGUCUGAGGAAAAAGCACUUGGCUCAUUAAUAACGCGACUAAUCUCCGGUUUGACCCGGGACCGUCCUGACUGAACACAUCGGCUCAGAGGCAUUCAGACAUGCUGCUGGACGCGCAGAUGUGCGUCCUGCGGGGCUUUGUAACAAGCAGCGAGACAGCGGAGUGGAAGCAGACUGUUACCAAGACUGCAGAGGCGGGCUCUCUGCUGGAGUCUUUGAUUGAAGGAGACUUUGAAGCGGUCCUGCUGAAUCCCCAGGUGUUAGACCUGCUCAAUGGAGAUGGCACCUGCACUAAAGGGGAGGACAUCGAGGCCUACCUGGAGAGACGGGUCAUGUUGUACCUGACCAGCGGCAGCAAAGAUGAUCAGAGCAACAGGGAGCUAGCUGUGAUGAGUCUGGCUGCUUCCUGUCUCAACAUGUUCGCUCAGAGUAACUGGACUGGUCCUCCCGUCUCCAUCCAUGUGUCUGACCUGCUGCCCCCUGCCCUGCUCUCCUCUCAACCCAAGACCCUGGUGGAGAUGAUCCACUCCAGUCUGCUCCUGGAUGGGGAGUCAGUGUACAGCCUGGUGGCCAACUCCUUCCUCCUCCUGCUGGCCAGGGUUAUUCUCACCAAGUGCUCCUCCAAGAUGGACAGCCUCCAGCUGCUCCCCUGGUGGACCCUGCGCUACAUCAACCUGCACCAGCAAAUCCUAGAGGCCUGUUCUCCACAGCUCCUCCACUUAGCCCAAAGCAGCAUGGACAAAGUGAUGAGCUGCAAGUCUAUGUUCUCGGAGCAGAGGAACCUGGCGAUCCAGUUCCACUUGGAGUGUGUGUACACUAACCUGACCUACUAUGAGUACCAGGCAGCCAAGGAGCACAUCAAGGCAGCCCAGGAACUCUCAAAGCUCAGUAUCAACAUGACUGGUGCUCUUGGCAAACGUACCCGUUUUCAGCAGAAGUACUUGGCUCAGCUCAUCCUGGAGGUGAAGAGAAUGCAGGACCAGCCUGAGCAGACACACACUGAAGCAUCUCCUGUCCCUACACCUCUGGCUAUGCUGCCCAAGGACUGCAGUUUGGAUGAUGACACUGUGUUGGAUAAGAUCAAUUUAGCGGAGCCAGAUGAGUAUGAGCUGCCUGACCUCAGCGCUGAAGAUCAGGCCGUCAUCCUGGGCCUUUGCACUGACUUCCAGAAGAACAACCCUGUCCACAAACUGACUGAAGAGGAACUCCUGGCCUUCACAUCUUGUAUACUGUCUCAGCCUAAAUUCUGGGCUGUGCAGGUCACGGCGCUUUGCCUCAGGGCCAAACUGGAAAAAGAGAAAUCCAGGUGUGUUGAGAGAGCCAUGAUGCAAACCCAGGUGAUAGUCGACCACUUUGAUGACAAGAACUGUCCCGUGAACGAACGCCUCAAAAUCUUCUACUGCUGCAAUGCUCAGCCCAGAUGGGUCGUUCAGAAACAGCUGGCCGGCCUGCUGACAGACCUCGGCUGCAUGAGUUCAGCUCUGCUCAUGUAUGAAAAGCUGGAGCUCUGGGAGGAUGUGGUUAUCUGCUAUGAGAGGCUGGGCCAACAUGGCAAGGCUGAAGACAUCGUCCGUAGGGAACUGGAGAAGAAGGAGACUCCCAGUAUGUACUGCCUGCUGGGAGACAUCUUGAGGGAGCAUCAGUACUAUGACCGGGCGUGGGAGCUGUCAGGUCAACGCAGCGCCAGAGCCAUGCGCUCUAAAGCCCUGCUGCACCUCCGCAAAAAGGAGUUCCAGCAGUGUGUCGACUGCUUUGAGCAGUCGCUCAAAAUCAACACCAUGCAGCUCGGAGUGUGGUUUUCUCUUGGUUGUGCCUACUUUGCCCUGCAGGGCUAUGAGGGAGCUGCCAAAGCGUUCCAGAGGUGUGUGGGACUGGAGCCAGACAAUGCAGAAGCAUGGAACAAUCUCUCCACAGCUUACAUUCGCCUCCGCAAGAAAGACAAAGCCUUCCACACCUUACAGGAAGCCCUGAAGUGUAACUACGAACACUGGCAGAUCUGGGAGAACUUCAUCGCCGUGAGCACUGACAUCGGGGACUUUGCCGAAGCCAUCAAGGCCUAUCAUCGUCUGAUGGACCUCAGGGAAAACUACAAGGACAUCCAGAUUCUACAGAUUCUGGUCAAGGCAGUCGUGGAAAACCUGACAGACAGUCAUGGUGGGCAGGCGAGUUCUCUAGAGCCCAAACUGAAGGAGCUCCUGGGUCGGGUCACUUCCCGCCACAGCAGUGACGCUGAGAUUUGGCGGCAGUAUGCUCUGCUGUAUGGUGAUGGCCACAGCUCCAACCCAGAGGAUAACGAAAAAGCAUUGCAGUUCCUGUCUAAGGCCCAUCGCUGUGAGGUUCAGGCUGGCGGCUGGGAGAAGGAACCUGCUCUCUUCAAGGAGGCCAUCACAAGAGCCAUCAAUAUGGGCAAUGUGACCAUCAGCUGCAGUAAGAAGAAGAGUAAUCCAGCAGAAGCUCUUCAGAUGCUCUCCUCCACCCGCCUCAGCCUCAGGAGUCUGGUCACCAGAGCAAAGCAAAUGCACACUGAUGUGGCCACGGGUCAGGUCCAUGCUGAGCUGCAGGAUGGAGUCUCUACGCUGGAGCAAGUCAUCACUGAGCUGCAGGAACUGAGUGGGAAGCUGCGUGACCAAUCACAGUGACCAUCCUCACAGAAGUGCUCCCCACCCGCCCCCCGCCCCCCUUUCUCCUGAGUCUCCUGAGCAGUGCGAGACUCUACAUCUGCAGUCUGCAGCUUUGUGUAACAUUAAAGUACAACUGAAGAGGACUCACUUCAUAAUCAUGUUUUUAUACCUGUCUGUUCACAUUGGAGCUUAACAGUGACUGUAAGGCAUCAAACAAUAAAACA